CUGCUCUUCGCCAUGGAGUCUGUGGUGAAAAAGUCACUGAGGAAACCCAUCAGGACGCUGACCAGCUGCGUGACAGGGGCAGAGGACCGCCGUUUAUGUCCUAAACGCAGGAGGAGACAGAGCAGAGGUGGAGGAGGCCGUGGAGGUUGUAACAGGUUGAGGAAGACAUGUUACUCUGGACAACCCAAAGAUCCAUCAAGCACUCGCUCCUACCAGGCAGAUCUGGACAAAGAGAGAAAACAACGGGAGGCAAUGAUCGCCCAGAAGAAUGCUGAGAGAGCAGCCAUGAGGUCUCACUUCAGGAGGAAAUAUCAGCUGCCAGAGAGUCCCAAGGAUAGAAACCACCUGAGGUCUGCUGGGGGGAAAGUGUCGCUCCCCAAAGAGCUGUCGAAGAUGAUUCAUCCUGAAACCAAAUCCAAGGACGACGGCUUCAACCUUCUGAGCGCCUUCCAAGGCCUCAGCUUCAGCACCGCGGCGCUCACGCAGAGCAAACACAGCAAAGCCCCCACGCCAACACACGGCGAGUCCUGCAGAGUCAUGUGAUCAGCGCCACAUGUGUGACCAUUAAAAAUGUUUCCUGGUUGACUGGAACAUUUAGGCAUUCCUAUUAUGUUUUUACAGCCUUUUAAGAUUUUGACAUUCUUUAUGUACUGUCAUGUUUUUAACUAUAAAUGUAUUUUUAGAUCUGAGUUAUCAGAAAAAAAGCCUUGGUGUUCCAGCCUAAAAUCAGUCAGACGUGACAAAAGUACAAAUUAAUGAGCUUCACACACUGAAGAAAAAAAAUCUAUUAUCAAAUAAAAGCUGGAUUUUUCACUUUGAGUGAAAACAUUAGACUGAAAAGAACAGGAAGUCCUACAGAUGAUGAUGUAGUUCUCCGUUUUGCUCAUUUUUCUCUGUCGUGGAAAGCAAUUUUUUUGGUAUUUUAGGUAAGUUAACAUUCAUUCGAGAUUAAGGAACAUGUGCAUGAACUAAAUCAAAGUCUUUGGAGGUGGUGUCACCUGCUUGGAAUGAGCUCAGACAUAGAUGAGUAAACCCAAAGCAUCUUUUCAGGUGGAGGAGGGCAAUCAAAGCCCCCAUCAAUGGAUUUGAGGGUGAAAAUAGGAUUGUGAUUGGCUGAGAAGUGAAUGGAUUGAUUGAUGACGGCAUGAGGUAGAUUUUCAUUACAGUAAUUGUGCACAACACGAUCAACUUUGUAAUUUCAACACAUGUGAAUACAGUUUUUUGCAACUACAUAUUGAAUCAAGUUGACCUUCUUUUCAUAAUUCACAGUUAUGUGUUUAUUACAGUAUUGUUGUGUAGAUUCUUUUGACACAAGCCAGACCUACUCUUUAACACAUGCUGUGUCAUCUCCUGUAAUUCCAUUUGAAUGCAAUCUUUUAUUUUGUAACAGUUUAAAAGAUCAGCUGUUCUCUGUAAAACAGCUGAACAGAUCAAUGUUGAUAAUUUGUUAAUUUAGCUCAUUUGAGUUCAUCAAACUUGGUUGUAUUUUAGCCAAAUUUUACAUCAUUACGUCUGAUUAUACUACAGUUAGCUGUACUGAUGGCUUCAUCGAGCCAAACUUAAGGUUUUACGGUUUCUGUUACACUUUUUAUAAACAAGCAAUUUCAAUAUUUGUUGGUU